AUGCCUUUGUUAUCCAAGGCGCGUACAGCACUUCUCUAUCGCGUCGCUACCAUCCUCGCCGUCUCCCUCGUCGCUCUGCUGGUCGUGCUCUGGGGCGUUGUCAAUAUUCUUGCGCCAGUCCUGAUAUGGCUCGUGCCCGAGUGGGAGCCCGCGCUGUACGACUGGGGCGUCGAGGGCUUCUAUAGGACGACCGAGUACGCUUCUUUGAACCUCACCUCGCCCCUUUUCAGCAUCCCGACUUGGAGCGACCGAUGCGACGAUGGCCGCUACAUUCUCAUCACGCCCAAAGGCAACUACGUUCCCAACGGCGGCCCCACCAUCGUCGACCCUCGCGGCAACCUCGUCUGGAUGUCCGACCAGUAUCGCAACGCCAUGAACCUCAACAUGCAGACCUACAAGGGCGACAAGUUCCUGACCUUCUGGACCGGCGACAAAGCCGCCACCUCGGGCCAGGGCGUGUACCACAUGCUCGACGAGACCUACACGCUCCGACACACCGUCAAGCCGCAUGGUGACAACAUGCAUGCCGAUCUGCAUGAGUUCCAGAUCACGCACGACGACACCGGCCUCCUCACCAUCUACAACUACACCGCGGCGCCCCCGGGUUUUCAAGGGGAGACCUCGACCGGUUACAUCACCGAGUCCGCCUUCCAAGAAGUUGACAUCGCCACCGGCAACAUGGUCUUCGAAUGGCGCGCCUCCGACCACUACAGCCUCGCCGACACCUUCUACUGGGCGCCCAUCGACGGCUGGCUGUCCAGCCGGCCCUACGACUGGUUCCACAUCAACAGCAUCCAAAAGGACCGCAAGGGCAACUACCUGAUCUCGUCGCGCCACCUGCACAUGGUCGCGUGCCUCGAGGCCGGCACCGGCAAGGUGCUCUGGACGCUCGGCGGGCGGCGCAACGACUUCCAAGACCUAAGCGACGGACAGGCCACCAACUUCCAGUGGCAGCACGACGCGCGCUGGGUCGACGAGGAACAAGGCAUCCUCUCGCUGUACGACAACGGCGACGCGGGGCCCGUGCAGAGCCGCAGCCCCCGCAGCCGCGGCAUCGUCGUGCAGCUCGACCUCGACAAGAAAACCGUCACGCUGCUGCACGAGUACGUGUCGCUGCGCGAGACACGCGCCGCCAGUCAGGGCUCCGUGCAGGUCCUGCCGCCGGCCUGGCCGGGCGGCGACGUCUUCGUCGGCUGGGGCCACAGCGCCAGUUUCAGCGAGUUCAGCGCCGACGGCAACCUGCUGUGCGAGUGGCACUUUUCGCCCAGCGCGUUCGACUACGUCGAUCUGGUGGCCAGCUAUCGCGCCCUCAAGGUCGAGGGCUGGGUCGGCAGGCCGGUCACGAAGCCCCAGGCCGUGAUCCGCGGGGGGAAAUUGUACGUCAGUUGGAACGGCGCGACGGAGGUCAGGACUUGGAGCCUGCAGGCCACGAGGAUGUAUGAUGUGCAGAGUGGCAGGGAGGAGGGCGAGUAUGAGGAGAUCGAUGUUCUGGUGCGUCAGGGGGGCGAGGGCGCGGUCGGAGGGCGCUUCGAGAGCGAGUUCAUCCUGCCGGAUGGCUGGGCGGACAUGUACGUCAACCUGCGGGUGGCCGCGCUUGACAAGGACGGCGAGCUCCUCGACUUCUCCGCCACGGCGCACGAGGUCCAGGAGGGAAGGAGCCUGUGGGAGUCGGUGGGCUUGCUGGUCUUGCUGGUCGGUUUCUUUGUGGGCGCCUGGAUCUUCUACGUCAAGGUGGUGCGGAAGCAGCAGCUGGCGUGGCCGGGGCUGCCGGCUGCGGGUUGGGAAGGGUGGGAGCGCGUGAGCGGUGGGUUGGGCCUGGCGGGUUGGGGGGAGAAGUGGACGUUCAAUCCGUGGAGUGUUUAUCGGUACAGGAAGUUGGGGUAG